AUGAAGCCUGCUCGUUCACGAUAUGGAUCAGAUGAAGACGACGCGUUUGGAUGGCAAUUGUUCCACGACCGACAGCGCAAUUUAGUUUACUACCUGCACAGCUACACAGGAGAAGUGCGGUGGCCUCGACCGGAGACUGUGGGCUUUGUCAUGCACGGACUCAAGCCACUGCCUGCACAGACUCGUAUUGAUGCCAGAACGGACGCCAGCGUUAUCAACUCUGACAUUUGGAGCCCGUACUACCCGCACGUGGUCAUGCUGCCCUCUGGGUUGGUGCAAGUGCACCCUGGUCCUGACUCGGAUGUUCAAAACGCGACCGAAAUGUGGUGCGGAUACAAUCGGAUACUGCCACCCACGUGGGAAAAGUCACGCAGCGGUUCACCUUUCUUACCUCCGUAUCCAGUUGCAGUCCUUGGACGUGACACCACGGAAGACAAGCGCCAAGCUGCACCAAGACCUCCUCUCCAACACCUUGACGAGCGAUUCCAAACGCCAGAGAUCAAUCUCCCGAUCGCAAGCAAUCAGGUGCGUACAUUUAUCCGAAGGGAUUCCCGGCGCCGAACACGGAGAAGAAGGAGCACAACCGCAAAGGAUAUCUCCUUCGCCAGGCGCGCAAGAUGA